GCGGCUGCGCGAGCGAAUCAUCGCCCGCCCGGCGCGGCGCUGGGGUCGGCCCGAAACCGCGCGUGAGGAGCGGGGCCAUUCAGCAGCGCCGAGAGCCCGCGGAAAAACCUCCGCUGCCCCGGCGCUCCUCCCGUCGCCGUGCGGCGUCUCCAGCCAGAGGACCGCGUUACCUGCGCCCGGCGCGGGAGGAAAAUGGCUCAAACUCUUGCACCAGCAACAUCCAUCCAUGAUGAGGAAUCCUUGGAAAGCAGAAUGGUGGUUACAUUCCUCAUGUCAGGACUUGAAUCAAUGUGUAAAGAACUUUCCAAGUCCAAGGCAGAAAUUGCCUGUAUUGGUGUAUAUGCAAGAAAUGUUUUUGUUGUUGGCACCGAGAGAGGAAAAGCCUUUGUCAACGCUAGAGAAGAUUUUAAGACGGAUUUUAUUGAAUACUGUGUUACAGAAGACAGGCCUCCAGAAGUGCAGAAAACAAAGACUACACCACCUGUAAACAAACAGACGGUGGAUGCUGAGGACCUGGAGGCUCUUAGAAAGUCUGUGGAGGAGUUUUUCUGCUUUUCCUAUGGUAAAGCUUUAGGAAAGUCAACAGCAGUACCUGUGCCAUAUGAAGAGAUUCAGAGGAACCAGUCUGCUGUGAUAGUGCAGGGCCUGCCUGAAGGAAUCACCAUUAAACAUCCAUCAAAUUAUGAUAUUUCCACCCUGAAAUGGAUUUUGGAAAAUAAAUCAGAGAUCUCAUUUAGUAUCAGCAGGCCUAUCCUAGAACCAAAGAAACAGAUUGAAGCUGAUGUGACAGAUCCUUCACCUUCAGUUAUACCCCCAUGUGAAAGUUGUCCACCUGUUAAUGUGAAAACGGAACCAAGCAAGGAUUCUGAGACAAACGAGGAUCAUGGAAUUUCUUCCAAAAUGUCAACAGUAACAAUGAAGCAGGAAAGAGAUGAUCCUAACUACUAUCAAUUUAAUACUCCAGCAGGCCCUUCCAAAACAUCAGAGAUAGAAGAAAAAAUUGCUCCUGAAAAAAGUCAUACAGAGCCCUCCCAGCCUGACUCAUCAGACACAAGUGAGGAUUCUGAGGCUGAGUUCAGUAACGAAGAUGAUGUUGAUGUUGGUGAUGAUAAUGACGGUGAUGAUGAGUAUCUGCCCAAUGAAGGGAGCCUGAGGAGGCCCAGUUUGGCUGCUGAAGCUGCCAGUGCUGGGAGAAGAAAUGCAGAAAAAUUUAAUUUUGAGGCCUCCCACCAUGACUUACCAGAAAUAAGUGAGAAACCUGAGGUUGAGGUCACCAUAGAAGAAGAUGAUGAUGACUACCUACCACCUGACAAGAGACAGAAGAGCACCAAGUCAGCUAAUGAAGCUGCCUGUACUGGGAGAAGAAAUGCAGAAGACUUGAAUUCUGAUUCCUCCCAACAUGACUCAUCAGAAGCAAGUGAGGAUUCUGAAGCUGAAAUCACUAGUCAAGAAGAUGACGAUGAUGAGUACCUGCCGCCUAGCAAGAGAAAGAGGAGGACGAACACCAGGUCGGCUAAGGAAACUGCCAAUAGAAGGAGAAGAAAAUCAAACUAUUUCAACUGCAAUUCGUCCCAACAUGACUUGUCUGAAAAAACCGAAAAUCCUGAGGUUGAGGUCACUGUUGAUGGUAAUGAGGAUGACUAUCUACCACCUGACAAGAGACAGAAGAGCACCAGUUCAUCUAAUGAAGAUACCAGUGUUGAGAGAAGAAAAGAAGACUUCAGUUGUGAUACCUCCCACCAUGUCUUGACAGAAACAAGUGAGAAACCUGAGGUUGAGGUCACCCUUGAAGAUUCUGACCAUGCCUACGUGUACCGUGGCAGGAGUCGGAGGAGAGACAGGUCUCUUAGUGAUGUGUCCAAUACUUGGAGAAGAAAAGCAGAGGAGUUAAAUUCUUAUUCCUCCCAGCAUGAAUCAUCAGAAGGAAGUGAGGUUUCUGAGGCUGAACUCAAUAGUGAAGAUGAUGAUGACUACAUACCCGAUGAGAGGAGACAGAGAAGCCCCAAGUCAGGUAACGACUCGGGCAGUAGUGGGAGAAGCAGAGGAAUACAGUUCAAUUUUGACAAAUGGAAUACACGAAUUACUGACUUGAGAAGGGAAGUUGAAGAGCUGUUUGAUAAAAAAUAUGCUGAGGCUAUAAAAGCAGAGGGUCCAGUGUCUGUCCCAUACACAACCUUCCAUUCACAUCCAGAAGAUUUAGUUGUGGAGGGGCUGCCAGAUGGGAUUCCCUUCAGGCGCCCAGCCACAUACGGCAUUCCCCGGCUGGAGAGGAUCCUUCUAGCAAAGGAGCGGAUCCGCUUUGUGAUUAAGAAGCCUGAACUUCUGAAUUCAACAGAUGCUCCAGUGGUCACUACAGUUCCAACAGUCUCAAAUACAGUGAAAGAGGACUGGCAUUCCAGAGUCAUCAAACUGAGAAAGAUGGUAGAUCAACUUUUCUGCAAAAUGUAUGCCAAGGCUUUGGGAAGCAGUGACCCCAGAGCUGUUCCAUACAAGAAAUUUGAAGCUCAUCCGACUGACCUCUAUGUUGAAGGGCUGCCAGAGAACGUCCCCUUCAGGAGUCCCUCCUGGUAUGGAAUCCCUUGCCUUGAACAAAUAAUUCAAGCAGGCCACAGAAUAAAAUUUGUGAUCAAAAGGCCAGAGCUGCUAACUCACGCUUCAAACGAAGGUACCCCGCACAGGUCAAACCCUCAAGCAAGAGAAGAUUGGAAUUCCAAGAUCACAAAGCUAAGAAAGCAAGUAGAAGAUAUAUUUAGUGUGAAGUUUGCUGAAGCUCUGGGGCUUUCAGAGGUUUCAAAUUCAGUGAAAGUUCCCUAUUCUGUGUUUGAAUCACACCCUGACUCCUUGGUGGUGGAAGGCUUGCCAGAAGGAGUGCCCUUCCGGAGUCCCACGUGGUUUGGAAUUCCACGCCUCGAAAGAAUCAUCCGUGCGAGUACCAAAAUCAAAUUUAUUAUUAAGAAGCCUGAGCUUAUCAUUUCCCAUUUGCCUCUAAGACUGGCUAGUAAACUAAAGAAAAAAGGAAUUGGUCCUUCCAAAGAUCAAAGGACUUCCAAAAGGUCACGAAGCUCUUCAGAAAAUUCAAGUGUCCCGGAGAUUGAAGUUACUAUUGAAGACAGUCCUAAAAAAGACCAAACCACAAAUACAGAAACUAAUUAUCAUACCGAUGACUCCAAUGAAAAUUUGAAGCCACAAGGAAGAGAGUUUUCUUUUGAGCUCUGGAAUGCCAAAAUCAAUGACUUGAAGCAGAAAGUAGAAGAUCUUUUUAAUGAAAAAUGUGGGGAAGCUCUGGGACGCAGUGGGCCAGUGAAGGUGCCAUAUGCACUGUUUGAUUCCUACCCAGAGGAUUUCCAUGUGGAAGGACUGCCUGAGGGGGUGCCCUUCCGCCAGCCUACGACUUUUGGGAUUCCAAGGCUAGAGAAAAUCCUGAGAAAUAGACCCAAAAUAAAAUUUAUUAUUAAAAAGCCUGAGGUGCUUGAGGCAGCUAUCAAAGGAAGGUCUGAUAGAAGCCCGCAAGGAAAAAAUAAUUCCUCCAGUAAAGCCAAUACAGCAAGGACCACAAAAAACACAGUGAAAGCAUCUGAAGAUGUUGAAGACCUAAACAUUGUUAAAGUAACCGUAAAAGAUGAUGAAAGUGAGCGACUGCCAAAAGCAGAAAAUGCCAGACAAUUGAGAGAGCAAGUAAAUGAUCUUUUUAGCCAGAAAUUUGGUGAAGCCACUGGUAUGAAUUUUCCUGUGAAAGUUCCAUACAGAAAAAUCACUAACAACCCUGGCUGUGUGUUGGUGGAUGGAAUGCCUCCAGGUGUGACAUUUAAAGCACCCAGUUAUCUGGAACUCAGCUCAAUGAGGAAGAUUUUGGAUUCAGCAGAGUCUAUCAAGUUCACUGUCAUUAGACCGUUUCCAGGACUUGUGAUUAACAAUCAGCUGCUAGAAGAAGCUGAAGCAGAAGCACCAGCAGCAGCCACUAGCACAGCAGUACUACCAGAGCCAGCUGAACCAAGCCAUAUAGAAGUAUCUCUAGGAGUUAACACAGAAACAGAAGAAAAGUUUCAACUAAAGCAUGAGCCAGACCUGAUGUCAUAGACCUCAUCAAUACUGGUCAGAAGCUGCCCCUUCUGAGAGGAGCCUGCUCGGCCUGUCUAGAGCUGUGUAAUAUAACUGUAUAAGAGAAGUAUCUUCUAUACAAACCCUUUUGUACUAUUAUAUAGAAAUGUCUACUUUUUCAGCAGUUCUGUGAAUUGACCUAAUAAUGACUGUAGAUUUGGAUUGUCUGAGUUUACUUUGGAAUAUAUUUUAACAAAUAAAUUUGAUGCAGCGGUGCUGGGGAGAUGGCAGGGAUUAUAAUCAACAGGGAUUUAGCUCAGGCUGUCUGUACUUUCCAAUAAAGCUGAAUUUCACUGUACCUGAAUGCAUCCUAACUUUUGUAAUGAAAAAUUCCUGCAGAGUUCAGUUUGUUUACUUUGAAGAAAAAAUCCUCUACAUUAAUUUUCAGCUAUUACUUUAUUGUCUUGUUGGACAACAGUAUCUGUAUAUUUGAGUUAUUUUUCCUAUUAUAUCUAUCACAAUUAAUAUGUUUUUCCUAAAUAAAAGAUUAAAUUAUCCACUUGACGGUUAGCGUGCAUUAAUGAGGUAGACUGUGAAAUGGUCAAUAUUCCACUGUGUGGAUUAGGAACCAACUGAAAUUAAACCUCACAUAGUUUGUUCUGUUAGUUCAAGGUAGUAAGUACAUGUUAUAACAGUUUACAUAUGAUGGGUUUGGUCUUACAGUCCUGCCAUAGGCAGUAGUUGUGUGGGCUUGUGUGAGAGCUUUUCUGCUGAAGGCUGUGAGGAAGCUCUUCUGUUCACCUAGAACUAGUUAUGGAAACUUGCUACAACCUCCUCUAAGUUCUAUUAUGUCAAAAACUCUGAAUAUCCUGUGAAUAUAAUAAUUAAAUUAAGUCCCCUGUGGUCCUGGUUAUGGGCCACAACAUGUAAAAACAUUUUUUUUUGUCAAAUUUCAUAAACCGUAGAUGUACAGUUCUGUCUAUAUGAUAAUCUCUAAAAAUGCAGAUUAUUUGCAAAGGUUUCUAUUUUACUGGCAUGAAUUUGAGAUGAUUGCAUUAUGCACAAAUGGUAAAUUGUGUUCCCUGAUGAAGAAAUAAAGACCUUUCUGAUGUUUU